UUUCCCGCAGCCCCUGAACGCCUCCCUACCUACCGGACCUGAGAGCAGCUCUUCCCCGCUGGGACCUCACUCUCGCCCGGGAGAGGACGGAGCGCAGCAGCCCGGUUCACGGUGGCGUCCUCACCCGUCGCUAACGAUUCCUGGUUUUGACGGCACAGACGAUGGCUGAGGAGAAGGCUGGAGCCGCUGUGGUCGUGAUGCUCCUCCUCGCCGUGAGCUUGUCCGGCGGUGCCGUGUCGGCCGGGUCGGACUGCAGCCCGUCGCCCACAGAGCUGGACGCCCGGGCGGGUGUGGCGUCGGCGCUGGUGGACACGCAGAGGGCGGAGCAGAGCCGGAGGAGACACCUGGAGGCGCUGUUCAGCAGAUACGGUGAGAACGGAACCAUCUCUCUGGACGGGUUGAAGCGUCUCCUACGGAGCGUGGGGCUGGAUCGCAUCAGGACCGUGAUGGUGCAGCAUCACCAGCAGCUGGGACACGGUCAUGGUCACCACCAUCAUCACCACGCCCAUCACGAUCACCACGAAAACCAUAACCACCAUCACCGCCCCGGAGACAACAGCUCCCAUCACCAGAAGCAUGUCCACGCCGAGCCCCAGCAGCCCGGCAAGUUCCCUAAGAACCUGGAGGACGCCACGCUGAGGAAGAAGGUGGAGAACACCAAGAGCCAUCACAACCUGUACGACAAGAAGAGCGCGGCGGCAGCGGCAGCUCCGGACGCCGGCACCACGGCGGUGUACAGCGCCCAGCUGGCACAGAAACAAGGCAGCGGCCUGGACCGGACCAGUCCACCAACCGCCGGAGCUACCACCGGCGACCACGACCCAGAGGAUCAUCAAGAUCACGUCCACGCAAACCGCAGCUCGGAGACUGUUGAGUGCCUGAACGUGUCCAGCGUCCUCUCGUCACAUGGGAUGUCCCAGGGGGGGGGUGUGACCCUCGGGGACUUCAGCUUCCUCUGCCCCGCCCUCCUCAACCAGAUCGACUCCGGGGCGUGCAUCGUGCACGGGGACGACACCAGAGAGAAAGACCAUAAACACCAUAAACAUGCUCACGGUCACCAUGGCGACCACAACCACUCAGACCACGACCACAGCGAGCGCAACGCCGGAGAAAACAGCAAGAGCAUCACAACCGCGUGGGUGGGGGGGCUGGUCUCCAUCACCAUCAUCAGCCUGCUCUCCCUCCUCGGAGUCCUGCUCAUCCCGCUCAUGAACAGAGAUUUCUUCAAGUUCCUCCUCAGCUUCCUGGUGGCGCUGGCCGUGGGCACGCUGAGCGGCGACGCCUUCCUUCACCUCAUCCCCCACUCUCAGGGGGGACACCAUCACCACCACGAGGACUCUGGGACGGACCUGCAGGGACCGGACCACCACCACGAGGAAAACCUGGACGCCGUGUGGAAGGGCCUGACGGCUCUGGGCGGAGUCUACUUCAUGUUUCUGAUCGAGCACUUCCUGACGCUGGGGAAAAUGUACAAGGACAAGAAACAGAAGGUCCAGAAGAAGUGGGAUCAGAAGGACAAGGCCGACCCGGAGAAGCAGCCCGCGCUGGGGGGGGCCGACCUAAAGCCCCCGGAGGAUGUGGAGACGAAUGGCGCCGGUACGUUCGGCGACCACUCGAGCGGCCUGCACGGCGGCAGCGUGGCGGAGGAGGAGCAGGUGAUGUUGGCGCCGCAGGUGUCCGUGGUCUCGCCGCAGGAUUACGGCCGAGAGUCGGGCGCCGCCGCCUACACGGACGAGGACUGCGAGAACAAAUGCCACUCCCACUUCCACGACACCGUGGGCCAGGCCGACAGCAAGCACCACCACCACCACGACUACCACCACAUCCUGCAUCACCACCACUCGCAGAACCACCACCCGCACAGCCACUCCCACUCGUACUCGGAGCAGCACUUCCAGCAGGCGGGCGUGGCCUCGCUGGCCUGGAUGGUCGUCAUGGGAGACGGACUGCACAACUUCAGUGACGGCCUGGCUAUCGGGGCUGCGUUCACCGAGGGUCUGUCCAGCGGCCUCAGCACGUCCGUGGCUGUUUUCUGUCACGAGCUUCCUCACGAGUUGGGUGACUUUGCGGUGCUGCUGAAGGCCGGCAUGACGGUGCGCCAGGCCGUGCUCUACAACGUGCUGUCGGCCAUGAUGGGCUACCUGGGCCUGGGGGCCGGCAUCCUGAUCGGACACUACGCAGAGAACGUGUCCAUGUGGAUAUUCGCUCUGACGGCGGGACUCUUCCUGUACGUGGCGCUGGUGGACAUGGUGCCUGAGAUGUUGCAUAAUGACGCCGGCGACCACGGCUUCAGCCACUGCGGCUUCUUCCUGCUCCAGAACGCCGGCAUCCUGCUGGGCUUCGGCAUUAUGCUGCUUAUUGCUGUUUUUGAGCACAAAAUCCAGCUGGACCUGGGAUACUGAAGGGGAGGAGCUCAGUCCUAAGCUCCGCCUGCAUUCCACUGUGUCUCCGUCACAACUGUAGCGUCGUGUUUUCAUUUGUUCUAGAUGAGCGAGCGCAGUCGGCUGGAUUGAGGUCACAUGCUCACGUGUGUCCCUCUGUCUCUCUCUCUCUCUCU